AUGGCAAACUCAAACUGGGGAAAUGAAACAACCAUUACAGAAUUAAAUCUCCUGGGAUUUGGGAAUGCUGAACGCCUGCAGAUUUACCUCUUCUUACUGUUUCUGUUUAUCUAUAUCUGUACCAUGGCUGGGAACCUGCUUAUUAUUCUCCUAGUCAUUUCUGAACAGCAGCUUCACACUCCCAUGUAUUUCUUCUUAGCCAACCUGUCCAGCUUAGAUAGCUGCACCGUCUCCACCAUUCUUCCCAAGGUGCUUGCUGGCUGCCUGACUGGGAACAGAGCCAUUCCUGUGUGGGGUUGCAUUGCCCAGUUCUAUUUCUUUGCCUCACUCGUUGCUACACAAUGCUAUCUUCUAGCAAUGAUGUCUUAUGACCGGUAUUUAGCCAUUUGCAAGCCUUUACACUACACUACUCUUAUGAACAGUAGCCUAUGCUUUCGUCUCGCCACUGGCUCUUGGAUCAAUGGGUUCAUAGGGAUGUCAGUAUACAUAGUACUGAUGUCACAAUUAAUAUUCUGUGGUCCCAAAGACAUUGACCAUUUCUUCUGUGAUGUGGCCCCAUUAAUGAAGCUUGCUUGCAGUGAUACAAAGACAAUGGAGCUAGUGACCUCCAUUUUCUCAUCUAUUUUCACCUUGCCCCCAUUUAUAUUAACCCUGACAUCCUACAUAUUCAUUGUCAGUCGCAUCAUGAGGAUCCCAUCCACAAUGGAGAAGAAAAAGGCUUUCUCCACUUGCUCUUCUCAUCUUCUGGUGGUUUCCCUUUUCUAUGGGACCUUAAUAAUUGUUUAUGUACUUCCAAAGACUGACAGACUGAAGACAUUAAAUGAAUUCUUCUCUAUCUUUUAUUCUGUCCUCACUCCCUUGGUCAAUCCUCUUAUAUACAGUCUGAGAAACCGGGAGAUGAAGAAGGCCCUGAGAAAAUUUCUUGGGAAAUACGUAAAUUUCUUAAGGCAUCAAGAGAUCUAA